AUGACAAAGAGGCCUACCCGAAAGCGCGCAGGUGGAAUACCCCCUUCUUCUACCAAGCGCGACCCUCCUCCGAUUCUAACUGUGGAGGAGCUGGAUUCGAAUGUCUCUGAAGUUCGGAAAACUCGUUCGGGCAAAGUUUUGAAUGCCCCCGCUAAAGGAGCCGCACAAAUAUGUCGACAAAAAUCUCCACGCGGCAACCUGCCAAGCCCACCCACCUUGCGCGUCAGACCAACCAAGCGUAAAAAUACAGCUCUUAGCAGUCCUAGCAGUAGUAGCUAUCGGACUCCAUCAGAAUCAGAAACUCAGACAGAAAGCACUGUUGACGAUCCGUCCGACUCCGACUCCGAGCCAUCCGAGAGACCGAAGUCCAAGAAAAAACGGGGAGGGCCCCAGAAGAAACGAGGACUGCCACAGAAGAAACGGGGAGGGCCCCAGAAAACCCGGGGAGGGGGAGCAACCAAGAGACCUCGUCGCGGACAAGCACCCGAUGUCCUCCAAAAUCAGCCUCUGCCCUCUCAUCAAACCGAGUUUACAUUUCAAUGUCCUCCGUUUCCAACAGGGCCUUCGGCAAACUUCCCUUGGAGCUUCAGUUUACCUGCUCCGGGGCAGCCCAAUGCUGACCUGACGUCUCAUUUCUCCCAAGUGUCUGAUUUGCAGCUCGCAGACGUUCUUUUCCGCGUAGGAUGUAGUACAGUAGGCAAAUCCAGGAUUGAAAUGAUCCAGCUGUGCAUCGUGUAUGCUGCCUUAAUUAAACAACUGCCACGGGUCCCACACAACCCCACCGCCACCUCGGCACCCCCUGGCAACACUCCAACACCCAAAUCCCAUCAUUCGCAAGCUCAACCAAACUCAGACCAUGACAUUACUCCCACGAAUAAUGAAAGACGUCCUAGACCUGGAACUUCCCCAGACACUCAACAUAUCAGCUCAGCCCGGCCACCUCUCGGCCACCCAUCUAGCCCCAAUGACCUGAUUGAUCUCCAUACACCUUGCAACAACAACCCGACAAAUCUGCCCCCUUCCCCUUCCCGCGCUGCAAACCGUUCCAACUCAAACAAUCAAAACCCCGCGAGUGUCUUGCGUGCCGACAACGAUGAGACACCAACAGCUGGUCAUUCGGCCACAAACCGGGAAGAACAAUUGCCGGCAUUCCAACAAACUCAAAUUAUUCGGAUACUAGCCGCGCAUUCCAAAGACUUGAAUGCUGUGCGCGAAGACUUGAAUGCUGUACGCGAAGACUUGGCUUCAAUUCUUACUCAUCAACGAGAUCUAAAUGAACGGUUUGAGAUCCUUUCUGAUCAACUCAGCCUCGGCCAAUCUGCCAAGCAAGGUGGGAGGCCUUGCCAAAAAAAGUCUGAUAAACAGUCUGCGGUGCCUCGAGGAGGAACACUGAAGGAUCUCAUCAUCCAUCACUUCCAGGCCCUCUUUGGCAUUCGCCCCACCGGUCCCAACAAAGGCCCACCCAGAGUACCACUGUCUCCACCCACUGCCGCAGAGAGUAGACGCUGGCUCGAAAAUGUGAAUGACACCCAAUUGGAGCCUGAAGCCGCUGGAAAUGAAUCCCAAGAUACCGACUUGGCAUCUUCUAGCUCUCCCACUGAGCCUCUAGACCCCCAAUAUCCGUAUCGUCACGGCCCGGGUCAUCCAGACGCCUUGCAGGAAGAGCUGAAGAUUAUGCACGACAUGAUGAAGACCAAAGGAAUGCAACGCUUCCGUCUCGACUUCACGGCCCCGUUAAGCUCCCCGUUGAAUACAUUUUGCUUGGAAUUGGCCCGAGACAUAUUUGUAGCUCUUGUUGAAUGUAAGGAGUACCAGGGACUCCAGCCACACGAGUGUCAGCCAGACUUCAUCUUAAAGGGCCUUCGGGGUUAUGCCCAAGACCGCUUGGCGCGAAAUUACCGCGAGUCCAAAUGGGACUCAGAGAAAAAGACGGUGCAAGCUGCAAAGCAAGCCAGGAAUGCCCAAAGGGUUCAUCUAAAGAAUUUGCGUGUUGAAGCAGCUUUAGAAGCCAACCUACAUGCACUAAUACCAGCCAUUCAUGGGUGCUGCAGUGAAGACGAGACGGAUGACGAGGUUACUGCCCCAGUAGAAAGUUCGACCGCCAAAAAUGUCCAGAAAUAUUGUAAAGUCCGACGCCUUCCUUGGCGUAGUAAGGAUCUCACCACCAUCUUCCAGUGGCUUGAUGAUCAACGAGCAAAACUGCAACAUGGAAAUCCUAAGAGCCGCCAGGGCAACCUCCCACGGAUCCGGCGGCGACUCAUCUCACCCAUAGACAGCGCUAUUGCUCCCCCCCCAGGUCUGUCGAAAGUGCUUUAUGAUGCUCAGUGGCUCGAUUCGCAACAACGGGUUGUCAUCAAGGGUCUCAAAAUUUGUACAGAACCUAGCUCAAUGAUGAAGAAUGUUUUAGAGCGCAUUACUCCCAGGCCUGCCCAGUGA